AAUUGCAAAUUGCAAACCCUCACUAGCAUUUUAAGAAGACCUAAUGUGGGAAGUCUUUAUCAUAUUACUAUGUGAUCAGUUAUCAACCAUUCCUAUAGCUAACAGAGAGAGGCAGUUCUGUUUGAUAGCUAACAAAGAAGAAUGAUAGUCCAGUUCCUAGCAACACAAAUAGCCUCAUGUAUCAACCAUUCUCAUGCAUAGCUAACAAUAAACAGAGGCAGCACAGAUAAUCUAACAAAGAGAGACAGUUCCAAGCAACUCAGAUAGCUUCACUGUGUCAACCAUUUCUAUAGCCAACAAAGAAGAAAGGCAGUUCCUAGCAGUUUGGUUGUAUCAACUGAUCCUUAGCUACGAGCCUACAAGAGGAGAUCACAACACCGACAGUGUCAACUACUCUAUAGUUGAAAGCUAGCAUAAAAGACAAAGCUCAACCCUGCACUAAGAGAAGAACUGCCUAUAAUGAAUAUCAAAGAUAAGAAAGCUUGGAUAGUCCCUCUUGGAAGGGAUCACCAGAUGCUCAGUCCAAGAUGAUAUAAAUAGAGGCAGGCUGGAGUGAUCCAUUACAAUAGAAUAUCUUGUCAUUUAUCAAAUAAUGCAAGUACUAGCUUUGACUGUUCUUUUAGUGGCUGCAACAAUAAGUACAGCAGCAACUAAUGAAAGAGGAUCACCUUCUCUAAUUACUGAAGAAAAGGUUAAUGAUACUCUGGUAAGAUCAGUAUAUCUUCAAAUAUUACGUGGUAGAGAUGGUCGUGAUGGAGUACCAGGAAGAGAUGGAGUGAAAGGAGAGAGAGGAGAUAAGGGAGAGAAAGGUGAAACUGGAGCAAGAGGAAAAACUGGUCCUAAAAGUGGAGGAGUAGUGUACACUCGUUGGGGAAGGAAGUCCUGUCCUACUGGAGCUCAACUACUGUAUGAGGGAAUAACUGGAGGUAGUCAUUAUUCUGAAUCAGGAGGAGGAGCUAACUAUGUCUGUCUACCAAAGGUUCCUCAAUAUAUGAGUACAAAUGUACCUCCUCAUUCUUCCUACAUGUAUGGUUCUGAAUAUCAAGAUGUUAAUAGUAUAUUUCCAGGAAAGCAUGAUCACAAUGUUCCUUGUGCAGUAUGUUAUACAUCUACUAAGAGUGUUAAACUGAUGAUUCCUGCUAGAACCAGCUGUCCUUCAUCAUGGACUAGAGAAUAUAAAGGAUACCUGAUGGCUGAGAGACAUACUCAUGCUAGGAAUGCUGUCUAUGAGUGUGUUGAUGAGGCUCCAGAAUCCAUUGCUGGUAGUCACAGUAGUGUUAAUGGUGCUUUGUUCUAUUUCACAAUAACAACCUGUACUGGUCUACCCUGUCCACCUUAUGUUGCUAACAGGAUCAUUACUUGUGUUGUGUGUACCAAGUAAUAAAAAGAACAAUGAAUUAUGAACACAAAAGUGUUUGUAUAGAAAACUCUUUUGAUA